AUGUUAGAAACACGUUCAGCUAUUUACAAAAUGAUUGAAGUGGCACGUGAUGAUAGACAGGUUAAUAAUUGGCCACCACCGUUUUCAUCUGAUAUGACGAAAUAUAAUGAAAGAGAUUUUGAUCCAAUUGUUAAACGUUCAUGCAAAACGAAACGCGUAUCUUCGAAAAUUGCAAAAGCAAUUGUAAUUGGCGAUGUUUCGGUUGGAAAAUCAUGUCUAGUAAAUCGAUUUUGCCAUAAAAUAUUUGACAAUAACUAUAAAGCAACAAUCGGUGUUGAUUUUGAAGUAGAAAGGUUUGAUAUUCUGGGUGUACCUUUUCAUUUACAAAUAUGGGAUACCGCGGGACAAGAAAGAUUUAAAUCCAUCGCUGCAUCUUAUUAUAGAAGUGCAAAUGUAAUCAUGGUUGUUUUUGACUUGGCCAACUUAAUAUCUUUAGGACACUGUCAACAAUGGUUAAAUGAAGCUGCUCAAAGUAACACGGAGCCAUAUUACAUAUUCUUAAUAGGCACAAAACGAGAUUUACUGUCCAAUCAGGUAUAUACAAUAAUGGAAAAACGAGCGGCUGAAGUAGCACGGAGAAUGAAAGCUGAGUUUUGGGCUGUUUCCGCUAGGACUGGAGACGGUGUAUCAGAAUUAUUCACAAGAGCAACCGUAUUAUCUUUUCAUGCCAUGAUUCUACAUGAGUUACAAAAUAUGAAGCCGGAAUCAAUUAACAUUGGUUCCGAUUUAAUAACUUUAAAUGAUCAACGAGAAAGAAUUAAAACGAGGAAAAGAAGAAAUACGUGCUUCGAUUGUUCAACGUGAAUAAUAUUUCUCAGAAAUUUAUUAACCACUAAAACUUGUUCAUGGACAAUAUCAUCAGAUACUAAGAUUUUAAUUAAAACAAAGUAGUAUAUAUGUGGUAGAUAUAUCUGCAGUAUAUAAUUCAUACUGUUAAUUUAUAUCGUGUACGGGUAUUCUGAGUAAUUUUGCAUGUUCAUAUUUCUUAUAAAUAUAUAAAAAUCCAAAAAAUAAUAAAUCAUAAAAAUAAGAAUUAGUCUAAUUAUCAAAAAU